CUUGUGUUUUCUUUAGCCCGCCACUGCUACCUGUGCGGGCACGGCUUCUCCCUGUCAUCCGACCUAGCUAUGUACCUUUAACUCUUUCUUGUAACUCUUUUUUUGGGUGUGUUGUGACACUUGGUAGCCACCGGCCGUGGAUCUGUUUCCAUGCUGCUGUGAGGAGCUGCUGCCUCCCCUGGCUGCGUCAAGUUAUGGCGUCCGUGUAUAGCGGAUCCCAUACCCUGAGCAAGGAUGAUGUGAAUUACAGGAUGCAUUUCCGAAUGAUAAACGAGCAGCAGGUUGAAGAUAUCACGAUAGAGUUCUUCUACAGGCCGCACACGAUAACCCUGCUGACAUGCACCGUGCUCAGUUUAAUGUAUUUCGCCUUCACAAGAGAUGAUGGAAAUCCUGACAGUAAUCUCUGGGUGGGGCUCAUCCUGGUCAUCUCAUUUUUCCUUGUCAUCAGUGUUUUGGCAUUUCCCAAUGGUCCAUUCACCAGACCACAUCCAGCAAUAUGGCGUAUAGUUUUUGGUCUGAGUGUCCUCUACUUCCUGUUUCUGGUUUUCAUCAUCUUCCUCAACUGGCAGCAGGUAAAGCAGCUCAUGUAUUGGUUGGAUCCAAACCUGCGCUAUGCCAAGAGAGAGGCAGACAUAAUGGAAUAUGCUGUGAACUGCCAUGUUAUCACCUGGGAGAGGAUCCUCAGCCAUUUUGACAUUUUUGCAUUUAGCCAUUUCUGGGGCUGGGGUAUGAAAGCCCUGCUCAUUCGAAGCUAUGGCCUCUGCUGGACCAUCAGUAUUACCUGGGAACUCACAGAGCUUUUCUUCAUGCAUCUGCUGCCUAAUUUUGCUGAGUGCUGGUGGGACCAAGUGAUUCUGGACAUUCUGCUAUGUAAUGGAGGUGGCAUCUGGCUUGGCAUGACUGUCUGCCGCUUUUUGGAGAUGAGGACCUACCACUGGGCCAGUAUUAAGGACAUCCACACCACCACAGGGAAGAUCAAACGAGCAGUGUUACAGUUCACCCCGGCCAGCUGGACAUAUGUGCGCUGGCUUGACCCCAAAUCUUCCCUGCAGCGAGUGAUGGGCGUCUAUCUCUUUAUGAUCAUCUGGCAGCUAACAGAAUUGAACACAUUCUUCCUUAAGCACAUUUUUGUUUUUCCUGCAAGUCAUGCUCUUAGCUGGUGUCGAAUCCUCUUCGUUGGUAUCAUCACAGCUCCAACAGUAAGGCAGUAUUAUGCAUACCUUACAGACACACAGUGCAAGAGAGUAGGCACUCAGUGCUGGGUGUUUGGGGCAAUAGCCUUUCUGGAGGCACUGGCAUGUAUUAAAUUUGGACAAGAUUUGUUCUCUAAAACACAAAUCCUCUAUGUUAUCCUCUGGCUGCUGUGCCUGGCCUUCAUUACAUUCCUGUGCCUGUAUGGAAUGGUGUCGUAUGCCGAAAAUUAUGGACCAAGAGGAAAGAGCUUCUCAGAAUGUGAGGACAGUAAUUAUGCGGAGUCUCCUGACCACCUCUCAGAAGGACUCAAAGUUUUUGAUCUUCACACAUCAGGAGAGACAGAGCUGGACCCCGACAGUCCUACAAUCAGACUGAGACAGAGGGACUCAGGAAAGAACAAAUCCAUAAACGGACUGGACAGCCAAUAGGAGUUAGAGCCAGAGGCUGGACAGCAGCUCCUGAACUCACUCCGAGGAACCAGGUGUGAAGGAUGACCGGAUGAAAGGGGGUAGAGAUUUGACCGCUUCCUGGUGUAAUUUAAGCCUAGAGUCCCCUACCCCCAUCUACAGUACAGAGAGUGGGGAGAGGAGGACUGAAUGGAUGAACAGGUCAUUGCAGUGUUAUUAGAAGAGCACAGAGGCUUGGACUGCAAAGGUGCACUAAAAUAAGUGGGCUAACACCUUCAGAACCACUGAUCACAGGUUUCUGUGUGUGUGUCUGUCUAUAAAAAAAGAGGCUGAUAUUUGUGUGUGUGUGAGAGAGAGAGAAAUGACUAUUUGGCUGCAUGAUCAUUGUAACUGAAAACUAUAAUUUACAAACAUUUAUCCUAUGAUACAAUAUAUCAUUGAUGGUUGAUGUACAACUGACUGGUUUAUACCAUUCUUUAACUUCAGUAUGUUUGUCCAGUGCAUUUAAGUAAAAUCCCUUACAUAGAAUUUAUCACAUUUAAUGGAGCCAUAUGUUUCUAGCAAAGAAAUGCUAAAGACUUAUAUAAUUAUCAAUUAUAUGUUGUAAAGUUACAUUAUAGAUGUUCACACUUGUUGGUGUUUAUAACUUGCACAGAGCGUGGAACGUGGACAGGAUUUCAAUGCACGUCGACUUUAGCUCAGUAGGAUCUACAAGGUUUGUGCUUGACCUGAAACAAAGCAAACCACACAGUUUCAGCACUUUUAAGAAUGUUUUCUUGAAAAUACUGUACAUUUGUAAUGUUUUAAGUAUUUUGUGAAUCUUUGUGACCUUGAGUGAUUUUACCCUCCCUGUCCAACUGUGGCUGCUACCAUUUUUACUGUACUGAUAACAGGGCGAUUGUUCUGUUACCUGCAUGUGUCCAGGCUGGGUCUGCCUGUGUGCAGGUGGCUUUGUUUUACUGUCGACCUUGUUAUUGCAUAUAUUGCAUUUGCAUGGCUGUGUCAAAUCAAGUGUUUUAGUAGUAAAAUGUUACAAGAGUAGUCAAAGGGUCUUUCUAUUACACCACACACCAGGAUGCCAGUGUUGUCAUUUUUGUCUUUCACUGUCCAUGUAAUAUUUUAAUUCACCCCUUGUGCCUGUAUGCAUGUACUUUUUUAUUCCUAACUUUUGUCGGUUUAUAAAUACUAAAUUUGAGUUUUUGUGUUUGAUCUAUUGGAGAUUUAUUUACAUUUUCUGAGUAUCAUCU